UAGGUUAACAUUCACGCUCUGUCGCACUUCGUGGUCCCGCGUGAGCUGUUGCGGCCCUUCCGUGCUAAUACCGAUAUGCCCGAAGUUUUGUGAGUGAAACUGUGUUAAAGUGCUUGUGAAGUGUGAUGUGAUCAGUGCUGGUUCGAGCAACACCAGAUCUCAACGAUCGAAGCGGUGACCACAUGUCGGCGACAUCAUGGUGAUCGUGACUAGAGGAGAUUACAUAUGGAUCGAGCCGGUAUCGAAUCGAGAGUUCGACGUGGCCAUUGGAGCGAGGGUUUUGGCAGCAGAAGGUCGCCGAAUCAGAGUCAGAGAUGACGACGGCCAGGAACAAUGGCUUCCACCAGAGCGACGGAUCAAAGCCAUGCACGCCACUUCCGUGCAUGGCGUGGAAGACAUGAUCUCCCUGGGGGACCUGCAUGAAGCUGGGAUCUUGAGGAAUUUGCUUAUACGAUAUAACGAUAAUCUUAUUUAUACAUAUACCGGGUCAAUAUUAGUAGCAGUGAACCCCUAUCAGAUUCUUCCAAUAUACACAGCGGAUCAGAUAAAGCUGUAUAAAGAGCGAAAGAUAGGAGAAUUGCCGCCGCACAUCUUCGCUAUAGGCGAUAAUGCGUACGCGCACAUGCGUCGUUAUAGCCAGGAUCAAUGUAUAGUCAUUAGUGGAGAGUCUGGUGCGGGAAAAACGGAAUCUACCAAAUUAAUAUUGCAAUAUCUAGCUGCUAUAAGUGGGAAGCAUUCGUGGAUUGAACAACAGAUACUAGAAGCAAAUCCCAUUCUUGAAGCAUUUGGAAACGCAAAGACCGUUCGAAAUGAUAAUUCAUCUCGCUUCGGUAAAUAUAUCGACAUACAUUUCAACAGCAAUGGCGUUAUUGAAGGUGCCAAGAUAGAGCAGUAUUUAUUAGAAAAAUCAAGAAUAGUAUUCCAAGGCCCCGAAGAGAGGAAUUAUCACGUUUUCUACUGUCUUCUAGCGGGGUUGUCGAAAGAAGAGAAGAAGAAGUUGGAAUUGGGUGACGCGUCCGAGUAUAGAUAUCUGUCUUCUGGAGGAAAUUUCAGUUGCGAGGGAAGGGAUGAUGCAGCUGAAUUUGGGGACAUUCGAUCUGCUAUGAAAGUGUUACUGUUCACGGAAUCUGAAAUAUGGGAAAUAUUGAAACUUUUAGCCGCCGUUCUACAUUGUGGUAAUAUUAAAUAUGAAGCCACUGUUAUAGACAACUUGGACGCAACGGAAAUAAUAGAACAGCUUAAUGUAAAACGCGUCGCAAACUUAUUGGGCGUUCCAGUAUCUUCCCUCAUCAAAGCGUUAACAAGGAAGACCCUAUUUGCUCACGGUGAAACUGUAGUAUCAACGCUCAGCAGGGAACAGUCGGUAGAUAUAAGAGAUGCAUUCGUCAAAGGAAUUUACGGUCGCCUAUUCGUAACAAUAGUUAAGAAAAUAAACGCUGCCAUAUACAAACCCAAAGCGACAACGCGUACUGCAAUUGGCGUGCUCGAUAUAUUUGGUUUUGAAAACUUCGACCAUAACAGCUUCGAGCAGUUCUGUAUUAACUUCGCGAAUGAGAACCUUCAGCAGUUCUUCGUAAGGCAUAUCUUCAAAUUGGAACAGGAGGAGUAUAACCACGAAGGGAUCAAUUGGCAGCACAUAGAGUUCGUUGAUAAUCAGGAUGCGCUGGACUUGAUCGCUUUGAAACAACUGAACAUUAUGGCUUUGAUCGACGAGGAAUCCAAGUUCCCGAAAGGCACAGAUCAAACGAUGUUGGCGAAGUUGCACAAGACACACGGCCUUCACCGGAACUACCUUAAACCAAAGUCGGAUAUUAACACCAGUUUUGGACUCAACCAUUUCGCCGGCGUAGUCUUCUAUGACACGCGAGGAUUUCUGGAGAAAAACAGAGAUACCUUUAGCGCAGACCUCCUACAACUGAUCCAUAUUUCUACGAACAAAUUUCUUCAACAAAUUUUUGAGAACGAUAUCGUGAUGGGUUCUGAAACUAGAAAACGCACACCAACUCUGUCCACCCAAUUUAAGAAGUCACUAGAUCUAUUGAUGAGGACAUUGGGGACGUGCCAGCCUUUUUUUAUCCGAUGUAUAAAACCAAAUGAGUUCAAAAAACCCAUGCUGUUCGACCGUGGCCUGUGUUGUCGGCAGCUGCGUUAUUCGGGCAUGAUGGAAACUAUCAGGAUCCGAAGAGCCGGCUACCCAAUUCGGCACAGUUUCAAAGAGUUCGUGGAACGAUACAGGUUCCUUAUAUCAGGGGUGCCACCGGCUCAUAAAACCGACUGUAGGGCUGCUACCUCCAAAAUUUGUGCAACUGUUUUGGGAAAAUCAGACUAUCAGCUAGGCCAUACCAAAGUUUUUCUGAAGGAUGCUCACGAUUUAUUCCUUGAACAGGAGCGCGAUAGAGUGCUCACAAGGAAGAUAUUGAUACUGCAAAGGUCCAUUCGUGGUUGGGUGUAUAGGAGACGAUUCUUGAAGAUGAGGGCAGCGGCCAUAUUGAUCCAGCGUCAUUGGCGUGGCAAGUUACAGAGAAUUCGCUAUAACAAGAUGAAAGUGGGGUACGCGAGGCUUCAGGCUUUGAUUCGGGCUAGAGUAUUGGCUCACCGUUUCAGACAUUUGCGAGGACAUAUCGUAUCAUUACAGGCUGCGGCGCGCGGUUACCUCGUCCGUCGAUCGUACGGACACAAAAUGUGGGCCAUAGUCAAAAUACAAAGCCAUGUCCGGCGUUUGAUCGCUAUGCGUCGUUUCCGGCGGUUGAAGCAAGAAACCAUAGCUCAUAAUGAAGCCCUGCGCUUGCGCAGACAGGAGGAGCAAAGGCUUCAGCACCAGGGAAACACGCGGGCUAAGGAAAUCGCCGAGCAGAACUAUAGGGAGCGUAUGUAUGAACUUGAACGGCGUGACGCAGAAUUAGCACUUGAAGAAAAACGACAAUUAGAAGCCAAAAGAACGCUACUGCAAGAAGCAGCUCGUAAACAAGACGAGCCAGUCGAUGACAGUAAACUGGUGGAAGCUAUGUUUGACUUCCUUCCAGAUUCUAGCAGUGAAGCACCGGCUCCCAAAGAUACUUGUGCAUUUAGCGAUUUGCCCCAACAAAGGGCUGAUCAACAAGAGAUGGUGACCCCAAUGCAGACAACGUCAGAAGAUGAAGAAGAUUUGUCCGAGUUCAAGUUCCAAAAGUUCGCAGCCACUUACUUCCAGGGCAACGUCACCCAUCAGUACUCGCGGAAGCCAUUAAAACAUCCUUUGUUACCACUACAUACUCAGGGCGAUCAAUUGGCCGCUCAAGCGUUAUGGAUAACAAUAUUGCGUUUUACUGGAGAUCUACCGGAACCUAGAUAUCAUACAAUGGACAGAGAUAACACAUCAGUAAUGUCAAAGGUUACGGCGACUCUUGGAAGGAACUUCAUUAGGUCCAAGGAGUUUCAAGAAGCACAAAUGAUGGGCGUAGAUCCCGAUGCCUAUUUGAACAAACAGAAGCCAAGGUCGAUUAGACACAAACUUGUCUCGUUGACAUUGAAGAGGAAGAACAAGCUUGGAGAAGAUGUUAGAAGGAAACUACAGGAUGAAGAAUACACAGCGGAUAGCUAUCAAUCGUGGUUGGAAUCGCGUCCAACCUCAAAUUUGGAAAAACUUCACUUCAUUAUUGGACAUGGGAUACUGCGUGCAGAACUAAGAGAUGAGAUUUACUGUCAGAUUUGUAAACAGCUGACCAACAACCCCUCUAAGUCCUCACAUGCACGCGGUUGGAUUUUAUUGUCGUUGUGUGUCGGUUGCUUCGCUCCGAGUGAGAAAUUUGUUAAUUAUCUUAGAGCGUUUAUCAGGGAGGGACCACCCGGCUAUGCACCAUAUUGCGAGGACCGCUUGAAGAGGACUUUCAACAAUGGAACCAGAAAUCAACCACCUUCCUGGCUGGAGCUGCAGGCUACAAAGUCUAAAAAACCAAUAAUGUUGCCUAUAACUUUCAUGGACGGUAAUACGAAAACACUUUUAGCUGAUUCAGCUACAACUGCAAGGGAAUUAUGCAACCAAUUAUCGGACAAGAUCGGUUUGCGUGAUCAGUUUGGUUUUUCUUUAUACAUUGCGUUGUUUGAUAAAGUAAGUUCACUUGGCAGUGGUGGUGAUCACGUAAUGGAUGCUAUUUCGCAAUGUGAACAAUAUGCAAAAGAACAAGGAGCGCAAGAAAGAAACGCUCCAUGGAGGUUGUUCUUUAGAAAAGAAAUAUUUGCACCUUGGCAUGACCCUACUGAGGACCAAGUAGCGACCAAUCUUAUUUAUCAGCAGGUUGUACGGGGUGUCAAAUUCGGCGAGUAUAGGUGUGAUAAGGAAGAAGAUUUAGCGAUGAUUGCCGCUCAGCAAUAUUAUAUUGAAUACGCUCAAGACAUGAAUAAUGAGCGUUUAUAUACAUUAUUGCCAAAUUAUAUACCAGAUUAUUGCUUAACAGGCGUUGAAAAAGCUGUCGAUCGAUGGGGCGCUCUCGUGGUGCAAGCGUACAAAAAGAGUUAUUAUGUUAAAGAAAAAGUUCCUGCAUAUAGAGUUAAAGAAGACGUUGUGAGUUAUGCUAAGUUUAAAUGGCCCCUAUUGUUCUCUAGAUUUUAUGAGGCGUAUAGAAAUUCCGGCCCCAACUUACCCAAAAACGAUGUCAUUAUCGCUGUGAACUGGACUGGGGUGUAUGUCGUCGAUGAUCAAGAGCAGGUGCUACUCGAGUUAUCGUUCCCUGAAAUUACAACAGUUUCCAGUCAAAAAACUAACAAGGUGUUCACGCAAACUUUCAGUUUAGCCACAGUGCGCGGUGAAGAAUUUACUUUCCAAAGCCCUAAUGCCGAAGACAUUAGAGAUCUAGUCGUUUACUUCUUGGAAGGUUUAAAAAAGAGAUCGAAAUUCGUCAUCGCAUUGCAGGACUACAAGGCACCGGGUGAAGGGUCCAGCUUUUUGACUUUCCAAAAAGGGGAUCUUAUUGUAUUAGAAGAAGACAGUACAGGGGAAUCUGUACUGAACAAUGGCUGGUGUAUCGGUCGUUGUGAAAGGUCUAUGGAGAGAGGAGAUUUUCCAGCCGAAACAGUUUAUGUAUUACCAGCGUUAACAAAGCCACCUGCAGAUAUUUUAUCACUAUUUUGCCAAGAAGGUGCCCAGCACGGUCGAAAAGCCCCUACCAGUACGUUUAAUGGCACAGACCCUAGAGACAAACCACACACACUUUUAGAGUACGCAUUAGAUCACUUCAGGCUACCCCCUAAAAGAACAGCUUCCAAGACUUUGACACUUUCCUCGGCGAAAAGAGGUGGUGCUGAAGAAUUGUGGCGCCAUUUUAGAGAGCCUAUAAAACAACCUUUGCUCAAGAAGUUGCAAGCCAAAGAAGAGUUAGCUGAAGAGGCAUGUUUCGCCUUCACUGCCAUAUUGAAAUACAUGGGUGAUUUACCUUCAAAACGUCCUAGGAUUGGUAAUGAAUACACAGACCAUAUCUUUGAUGGGCCGCUGAAGCAUGAAAUUCUGCGAGAUGAAAUAUACUGCCAAGUAAUGAAGCAACUGACUGAUAACAGAAAUAGAAUGUCCGAAGAGAGAGGAUGGGAGUUAAUGUGGCUUGCGACAGGUUUAUUCGCGUGCAGUCAAGGCCUUCUCAGAGAGUUAACAUUAUUCCUUAGGACAAGAAGAUAUCCAAUUGCUCAAGAUUCACUCCAAAGACUUCAAAAGACCUUAAGAAAUGGCCAGCGAAAAUACCCGCCUCAUCAAGUGGAAGUGGAAGCCAUACAGCAUAAGACCACUCAAAUAUUCCACAAAGUAUACUUCCCCGACGACACGGAUGAGGCAUUCGAAGUAGAUUCGUCUACUAGAGCGAAAGACUUCUGUCAAAAUAUCGCCCAAAGAUUGAAUCUCAGAUCCAGUGAAGGUUUUAGUUUAUUCGUCAAGAUAGCUGAUAAGGUUAUAUCCGUUCCCGAAGGCGACUUUUUCUUCGAUUUUGUAAGACAUUUAACUGACUGGAUCAAGAAGGCGAGACCGACGCGAGACGGUAUCACACCGCAAUUUACAUAUCAGGUGUUCUUUAUGAAGAAGCUAUGGACGAACACGGUCCCGGGCAAGGACCGAGCUGCAGACGUGAUCUUCCACUUCCACCAGGAGCUGCCGAAGCUGCUUCGCGGGUAUCACCGUUGUGGGCGGGAGGAAGCUGCUCGCUUGGCUUCUUUGGCUUACCGAGCCCGAUUCGGCGAUAACAAGCAAGAGUUACAAGCGAUACCUCAAAUGCUCCGUGAACUAGUCCCAGCCGACCUCAUAAAAUUGCAAAGUUCCGCCGAUUGGAAACGUGCUAUCGUUGCGUCAUACAAUCAGGAUGCUGGAAUGACCCCCGAAGAUGCGAAGAUUACCUUCCUAAAGGUUAUUUACCGGUGGCCAACAUUUGGAUCAGCAUUUUUCGAAGUGAAGCAAACGACGGAGCCAAAUUACCCUGAAUUAUUGCUGAUCGCCAUAAACAAACAUGGCGUGAGUUUGAUUCACCCACAGACCAAGGAAAUUCUAAUCACACAUCCAUUCACAAGGAUAUCGAACUGGUCUUCCGGCAACACGUACUUCCACAUGACGAUCGGAAACCUCGUUCGAGGGUCAAAACUCCUCUGCGAAACUUCAUUGGGCUAUAAAAUGGACGAUUUGCUCACGUCCUAUAUAUCGUUAAUGCUCACCAAUAUGAACAAGCAAAGAUCGAUGCGUGUUAAAUAGAUAUUUAGCAAUAAAUAACAUCGUAACCAUGGUAACAAGGCAACAAAUGUGUGGUUUAUUGUGCGUGGAGUUUGUUCAUAGAUUAUAUUUUUCAUAUAGCUUGUUUGUUAAGCGUUAAGGAAAAAUACUCCGUCAGAAUUAGCUUUAAUUCGAAAAAUUGUGUUCGAAUAGUUUUGGAAUUUUAUUGUUCAUAUUUAAAAAAUGAAUGUUUUUGGCGAUUCGCGAUGUUGAAAUAUUUUAAUACUAUUGUUGGCAACAUUUAUUUCCCCCCAAAACUACUGAAAUUAAUGUUUGCUUACUAGUCGUGUAAGAUCAAACAAUUGGUGCUCUAUUUGACUAAUGUUAAGAGCUAAUAAACAAAAUUGCUUACAAACUCCGUCCUUUUAAUGGGAUCAAUAUUAUACAAGCGUUUAAUAAAAGCCCCGAAAUGUUUCAUAAUUACUAAAACUGGUCAAGUUAGUUGUCAUCUAUCAUCUGUCAUUUGUCAUUUCUCAUAUAGCUUAUACAAAGUAAACAAAGAAAAUGGCGGGAAGUAUGGCGAAGUAAUCGUUUGUCUAUUGUGUUAUAAUUUGGGAUUUAUGCCACAGAAUUGUGGAAACUAAAUGAUAGUUAAAAGAGAGACAAGGCGCUGUCGUAAAACGUGAGCCUGGUCGCAAGACGAACAAUUAUAAUCAAUUUAACUGGCAACUCUUUAGUCUAUGAUAUCAGUCUUGAAGACGUUUUAUAACGAAACAAUGUUUUAUUUCAGUGUUUGUAUUACUGUCUAUGGAAGUUCUUUAUCUUUAUAUUAAUAUAUUUUCAACUAUCCUGACUGAUUGAGUAACGUAUAAUAUAUUCACGUUAUGAUGAAAAAAAAUACUAUACUUAGAAAUUCCAUCUUUUCAUGAAAAGUUAAAUAAAAACCCGGUAAUUUUCAAAUUUCACUUUCAUUUCUUAGUCUAGUCUGACUUCCUUUGAAGACGAGGUUUUUCUUGACUUAAUUUUAAACUUUUGGGGUUUUUGUUAUAAAAUAUAUACGAAUAUUAUACUUUAGAAUUACGUAACCAGUAAUUAAGUACAAUUUAAUCGUUGCUAAUUAAUAUUUUAAUAUACAUAGUUAAUCACUAAAGUUAAUAUAGAUAAAAUAAUCAGCAAUUUAUAUUUUUAUAUAAGUAUAUGAGAUCUGUUAAAUGUAUUUAUUCAUAGAUUAUAGUGGGUAAGGUGGUAUGUUAUGUGCCUAAUUCGACAAUAGAGAAAUAUUGUGAGCUCUGUCAAAAUAUUCGCUUACGCAAAUAAUCAAUUAAUAAACAAAGAGCAGAGUUUUGAAUUGCGCGCCAAAUAAACUUAUAAAGCUUGCUCGACGUUUCAAAUCAAAAGAUAUUCCUAUAAUUAGAUGCUUACAUCAUUUUGUACUGGGUAAACCUAUGUUAUGUAUUAUGUUAUAUAAGCUGUAUGUAAUGCCAUGAGUUCGAACUAUUGUACGUGUUUUCGCUUUAAUAAAGUCGCCUUUGUGAAUGGUUGUUAUCGAGUCACAA